AUAUAUAAACUUGUAUCCACCUUCUCCCCUUCCACACCCAUCAAUCAUCAACUCUUCUUCUCCAUCUCUUCCUCUUUCCAACUUGUCGGCAAAAAAAGAAAAGAAAAGAAAGAAAGAUGCUUAGAGCUUUGAGCACGAGGGCGAGGAGCCGCCAUGGAUACGAGAGGUUAGGGGAUGAAUCAUCGAUCUUUCUGAAGGAAGGUGAGCUGAAGAGGUCGAGGACAGUGCCCACGUGGCUAUCGUCUAACCCACCAAGGAACAAGCUCGGUCGUGGUUCAGUUCCGGCGAUACUGGAGGAGCUGCCACGUCAGAAAUCGGCGGCCAGGAAGAAGACGAAGGGCAAAUUCAGUCACCCAAUCUUCAGCCUGUUCGAAGGACUUUACAGUAAUAGCAGCAGCCGGAAGAAGAAGACGACGGCCAAGCCGGAGUUCUCGAGGUACUUGGAAUAUCUCAAGGAAGGUGGCAUGUGGGAUCCAAGAUCUAAUAUGCCCGUUAUUUACUUCAAAUAAUAUAUAUAUAUAUAUACACUCACACACAUAUAUGAGAGAGAGGGAUGUGAAAAUGUUGUGAUUUGAUUCAAGUCUUGUUACAAGUUUGCUUCGAUCAUGUUUUUAGGAUUUUUUUCUUUUCUUUUCUUUGUCGUCUUCGCCUUGCUUUGCGAUGUUUGUAUAUAGAUAUAUAUAUAUAUAUAUAUUUCAACCAAGUUAAUGGGAUGAAGGUGUAAUUUAUUUCCGA